AUGCCGUCGGUAGUACCUGAUAUCACAACGACCGGCGCCGACCCUUCCCAAGCGGCACAGGGUGAGGCGUCAACCUCAAAUGGAUACAGAAAUAAGUUCACUGGCGAGUAUAUCGGACCUGUAAACGGCCAUGGACGCGAGAGGAGCCCUUCGAAUUGCUCAGUCGGUUCUUUCGACCAUAGCGUCUACGGAGCAAACGGACUAGAUACCGGCGACUCAUUUACCCAAGCUCAACCUUUACCCGAUCACAUGUACGGACCUCACGAUGAGACCUCGAAUGGGCCCCAGUCCCGGGCUUGGGGUGAUGAACCCAAAUCAUCACGAUUCCCCCGCAUCUCAAAAGCAGUGGAGCUAAUGCGCCAUUCCUACGACUGCGUCGUCAUCGGCUCCGGUUAUGGAGGUGGUGUCGCGGCUUCUCGCAUGGCUCGCGCCGGCGAAUCGGUCUGUGUCUUAGAACGUGGUAAGGAGCGCUGGCCUGGCGAGUAUCCGGACCAUGCGGCCGAUGCGAUAGGACAAGUGCAUUACUCCGGCGAGUUCGCGCCUGGUUGGCUUCCUAAGAAGAUCGUCAAUGGGGGUGAUCCCACCGGCAUGUAUCAUCUGAUAUUCGGCAAUUGCCAACAUGCGGUUGUUUGCAAUGGUCUUGGUGGAACGAGCUUGAUGAAUGCCAAUGUGUAUUUGGAAGCGGAUGAAGAGACACUGAAGCUUGAAGCAUGGCCAAAGGAGAUUAGAGACGACCCUAAGAGUCUAAAUAAGUACUACAAGAAAGCAGAAGAUGUAUUAGAGCCGGAGAAAUAUCCUGAAGAUUGGCCUAAGCUCCCUAAACUCGAAUUACUGGAGAGGCAAGCGAAGUAUCUCAACAUGGGAGACAAAUUCAGCCGUGUACGGCAGACGACGCGAUUCCACAACGGACCAAACAGUUGCGGUGUAGAAAUGCAGCCAUCACAACUCACCGGCCAAGACGCUACCGGCCUAAACGACGGAUCCAAGAACACCACAUUAGUCACCUACAUAGCAGAUGCGUGGAAUUGGGAUGCCGACAUAUUCUGCGAAACCGAGGUGAGAUAUAUCACCAAAGCCCCAGACCCGCAACAGGGAUACAUUGUCUACUUCGCUUGGCACGGACGGAAUCGUGGCCAUUUCAAAGCAAACUUACAUGGUGAUCUCAUGUGGGUUCAUGCAAGGAAGGCUGUGUUCCUAGGUGCCGGCGCUAUUGGUACGACGGAGAUCCUUCUUAGGAGUAAGAACAUGGGUCUGGGGUUGAGUGAGAAGGUAGGCCAGAAUAUGAGCGGCAAUGGCGAUAUACUUGGAUUUGGUUAUAAUACCGAUUAUGAUGCGAACGCCAUGGGAAAGCCUGGCCCAUCCCACAGCCGCCCCGUUGGACCUUGCAUUACUGGUAUCAUCGAUAACCGAGCUGGCCAUGAGAAUCCACUGGAUGGUUACGUCCUCGAAGAAGGCUCUAUCCCAGGAGCUCUUGCGCCGUUCCUGCAAGUUAUGCUCGAGCUCUUACCUGGAAGAAUUGAGCCGACUGGUGAGGGUCUUGUUGAUAGAUUCAAGGCGAAUCUAUCUAGUAUAGGCAGCACUUUCCUUGGUCCUUACUUCAAGAGAGGCGCGAUCGAGAAGACACAAGUGUACUUAAUCAUGUCUCAUGAUAGCAACCAAGCGUACUUGACUCUUAAGGACGAUAAACCGGUCCUUGAAUACGUUGGUGUCGGCCGUAGUGACCAUGUCAAGCACCUGAAUGACAUUCUUGCAAGGGCCACGAGAGCCGUCGGGGGCACAUUUGUGCAGAACCCCUGGUAUGCCCUUCUUGGUGAACAGCAAGUCACUGUUCAUCCGAUUGGUGGCGCUUGCAUGGCAAAUGAUGGCACUGGCGCGACCGGUGCUACAAACCACAAGGGUGAACUCUUCAUUGGCUCCGGCACGGAGACGCACGAUGGCCUCAUCGUCACCGAUGCAGCAGUUAUCCCCACUGCUCUUGGCGCAAACCCCUUCGCGACGAUUACUGCUUUAGCUGAGCGAUCCGUUCACAUGUACGCCAAAAAGCGAAAUCUCACAAUCGACCCGACUAAAAAUGGGAUUCUCGACCUCUUUGGUUCUCCUCAACACAAACGCACCCACGGGCGACGCGCAUCGAUAUUUCACGUUGAAGAAACGGUAGAGGUCCAAAGGAUAGAUAAGGCGACAAAGGCUAUUGACGGCGCCCAGCGUAUGAACGAUAGCGGUUUCGGUUUCACCGAAGUUAUGUCUGGAUACAUCCACAAAGACAAGGGCCUUACUCGGGAUAAUAUCGACACAUACGAACUUGCCGCUAGGACUGCGAAAAGCCUUUGCGAAACAGCACGAUUCUUCCUCAGCGUACAGUCUUUUAAUAUCCGGUCAAUUGUACACGACCCCAAUCACAGGGCAAUGCUGACCGGUACCUUUAUCUGUCCUACUUUGGAAGGUUCUCCAUUCAUGGUACAACGAGGCGAUUUCAACUUAUUCCUACUCGAUCGCAAGGCGCCCGGGACUCGAAACCUUACUUAUGACUUCGAUAUGCGUGGUAUCAACGGAAGGCAACUCCAUUUCCACGGAUACAAGGUGGUUGAUUCAUCGGUCGCAUUGUCGCCGACGCAUUUUUGGAAGUCAACCAGCACCCUCUAUGUCACAAUCACUGAAUCCCUACCGGAUCACCAAAGAAGAUGCUCAGAUGCGGAUGAAUGUGGCCUUUUAGGACAGAUUGUGGCGAAGGGUGUUAUGCGUAUCCAACCGGCUGAUUUCUUAUCCGAGGUCUUGACCCUCACCCCCACAGGCAGCAGUAUCCUCGAGAAGGCAAUGGGCGUUGCCAAUUUCCUCACUUUCUUCACACGGAAAUCGAUGUCGCUUCUCCUAGCUCCACUCACGCCAUUGCAAUAUCCCUCGCAGUCUUACCAAGGCUUCGUUAACAACACACCCUACGAUAAGCUGUUUAGUAUCACAGCUUCCGAUGGUGUUGUCACGCGCCUAUAUAUGUGGGAACCCACGAACAAGACAAUUGAGACCAAGAACCUAUUUAUGAUCCCUGGUGCCUCGGUUGAUCACCAGAUCUACGCGCUUCCGACAAUUCGCUACAACGCCGUCAAUUACUUCCGUCGGGCCGGAUACCGGGUUUUCGUCGCCGUUCAUCGAAUCGGAAUGUUAAUGCUCGCGCAGAAUAACUGGACAACAUUUGACGCGCGUCUCGACUUAAAAGCGUGUCUGAAAUUUAUCCGAGAAGAAUACCCAGACUCCACCCCCAAAGGAACUCGUAGUGGAAUCAUUCCCGAACCCAUUUACACUAUCGCGCACUGCAUGGGCAGCGUAGCCUUCUCCGCCGGCCUCCUCGACGGCACCAUCCCGUCCAAAUGGGUCAAGGGCAUCACCUGCAGUCAAGUAUUCAUGAAUCCGAUCUGGAACACCAUGAAUUUAAUCAAGAUUCUAGCUCUCCCAAUCCCUGCUGAUCGGAUGUACCGGAUGCUCGGCGGGAAUUGGUUUAGCUUUAGCACAAGCAAGAACGACAGUUACUUGCAGAAGGGGCUUAACGAGCUUCUGCGUCUUAUGCCUGAUGAGCGUAAGGAGAUCUGCAAUAACGCGAGUUGCCAUCGGUGCACAAUGGCCUUGGGCCGGUGCUGGAAUCAUCGCAAUUUGAACGAAGCUACGCAUCGCCAGAUCGAUCGAUUCUUUGGUGGUGUUAGCAUUACUUUACUUCAUCUGCUCAUGAGGCAAGGAUACGAAGGCCACGUUAUGGGUAAUAGUCCGUUGUAUGAACGGUUGGAUACGAAGCAGAACAUUAACAAGCUCCGAGGCGUCCCGAUACUACUAUUUGUGGGACGUGACAAUGCGGUGUUGAGUCCGGAGAGUACUGAGCGCACGUAUGAGGUGCUGACAGAUGCUUUCGGCACUGGAGAUGAUGCCUCGGGGGUCCAGUAUAGGCGCAGGGUGGUGCCUGAUUAUGGACACUUGGAUUGCUGGAUGGGGAGGAAUGCCUGGAAGGAUAUUUAUCCAUUUGUGAGGGAGGAAGUUGAUCGUGUGGUUCGGGGACCUGAGUACAAGUUUAGAGAUCCGGCAGACGAGUUUCAGAGAUUGGUAGAGACAGGAAGGCUGUUGUAUUAG